GGUGUAGUAAGAUGGCGGACACGCAAAUGCGCGUCUCACCGCUCGUACUGCGCAUGCGUCCUGCUCCCGGGAUUGUACGUCACAAGAUGGCGCUCACCAUGGCUCCCUCGGCCUGUGACUGUGCGCAGAAGGGCCCGGGAGCCUGAACUAAACAUCCCGUCAGGAGAGUCCGGGGCGCUACCGGCUGGGGGGAUAGCGUUGCUAACGUACCCCUCAGAGUCACCGACCCCUACACUUGUUACCCCCUGCACCCAGCUCAGCUUGUGCCCUGCUAUAUCUAUGGAUCCACACGGGACCUGUGGGGGCAGUAAUGUGCCGGCGUUCCUGGCCAAGCUGUGGACUUUGGUGGAAGACCCGGAGACGGACCCUUUAAUCUGCUGGAGCCCGGAAGGGAACAGUUUCCAUGUGUUUGACCAGGGGCAGUUUGCCAAAGAGGUUCUCCCAAAGUAUUUCAAGCACAACAACAUGGCCAGCUUUGUCCGACAGCUCAACAUGUAUGGGUUUCGGAAGGUCGUCCAUAUUGAACAGGGGGGCUUGGUCAAACCUGAAAGAGAUGACACAGAGUUCCAGCACCCCUAUUUCAUCCGGGGUCAGGAGCAACUUCUGGAGAACAUCAAGCGCAAAGUCAACACCGUGAGUACCAAGCUGUCUGCCACCAAGAGCGAGGAGGUGAAGGGGCGUCAGGACAGUGUCAGCAAAUUGCUAACGGACGUACAGAGCAUGAAAGGCAAACAGGAGACCAUCGACUGCCGCCUCCUCUCCAUGAAACAUGAGAAUGAGGCCCUGUGGAGGGAGGUAGCGAGCCUGCGGCAGAAGCACAAUCAGCAGCAGAAAGUUGUCAAUAAGCUUAUCCAGUUCCUGAUCUCAUUGGUUCAGUCAAACCGGAUCCUGGGUGUAAAGAGGAAAAUCCCACUCAUGCUGAACGACAGCAGCACCGCGCACCCCCCACCCAAGUACAGCCGGCAGUACUCGCUGGAGCACGUACAUGGCAGCACCGCCUACCCGGCCCCGGUCUCCGGAUUCGCAGACUCCAGCCUCUACUCGCCGGACUCCUCGGCAGGACCAAUCAUAUCCGACGUGACGGAACUGGCGGAAUCCAGCCCCUCCCCCUCCCCGUGUCUCAGUUUGGAGGCGAGCCCCAGUCCCGUGAUUCUGAUCAAGGAGGAGCCUCUGACGCCGUCCCACAGCCCCGAGCAGAGCCCUGCGCCCCCCAGAGUGGAGGACACCCCAGUCUCACCAUCCACCUUCAUAGACUCUAUUCUGCAGGAGAGUGAGGCCAGCGUUUGCCCCGGGGGCAAUAAGAAUGAGGGGGUCUCACAGUCCAACCCCCCGGAGCCCUGCCUGAGUGUCGCCUGCCUAGACAACAUUUCUAGCAGCCGCCAGAUGUCUGAGGUCUCUCGUCUCUUCCCCACCUCCACCUGUUCUUCCUCUUCCUCCCUGCAGGGCAGAACGGACCCCGGGUUAGAUAUUUCUGUGACGGAGCUGAAUGACCACGUGGACAGCAUUGACUUCAGCCUGGACAACCUGCAGAACCUGCUGAACGGGCAGAGCUUCAGUGUGGACACCAGUGCUCUAUUGGAUCUCUUCAGUCCGUCCUUGGGAAUCCCUGACCUGCCCCUGCCCGACCCUGACUCCAGCCUUGCCAGUAUCCAGGAGCUGCUGUCGUCUCAGGAUCAGAAGGCAUCGGAGACAGUGGAGUCCAGAACACCUGACGCAGGAAAGCAGAUCGUCCAUUAUACGGCUCAGCCCCUCAUCCUUAUGGAUUCCAGCGGUUCCGACCUGCCCAUUCUGCUGGAGCUGGAGGGGGACGAGCCGUACGUUGCAGAAGAAGGGGAUGAUUAUUCAGAGGAUCCCACCCUCUCUCUGCUGUGUUGGGACCCCCAGAGCAAGCCGGCGGGCUCCAGCAUCUCCUAGAAUAUGUGGGGACUUUACUGAAGUGCGUGUGGUAGUGCUGCUGCUGCCCCCCCAUUCUGCCCCCCCAUUCUGCCCCAGCGUCUGCAUGCCAAAGGGACUGAUCUUGCUGCAAGAUGGACCAAUCGGAUGGCUGCUUUUGGCUUGUUCAGUGUGUCUUUCUAGUAGUGGAGCCUACUGCGUGCCUCUUUGGGAACGGGUCCCCCCGCUGCCUUGGUUAGGGGUGCAGUUUCCCUCCCACCUAGGGAUCUGUGGGGCAAUAGGGGCAGUACUUGCAUAGAGUCACCAGGGUUCUGCAUUUUUCAGCACUUAUUAAGAUUUGGGGCAAUGCUUAUUGUUUGGCCCCUUCAUGUCAUGUGACAAGGUGUGGAGUUUGGCUGAAUCUGGGGAUUUGGAGCAGUUCCAAGGAGGUUAGUUCUCUGGGGCAGUUUUGUGUUACUUGCCCUAAAAAUCUGAUUUGCUGCAUUAUCUUGUUUGCCCCCCUACACCCAUACUGGGGCUCAUUAGCCAGGAAAGUGGGUGCCACUGCAAAAUAUAGUUACCCCUUAACACCACCAGGGUCCUAAUUCCAUUCUGCCCCCCAAAUUCAUCAUUGGGUCUCCUCUCCACUGCCGGGGUCUUCAUCUUUCAUAGGGGGUGCCGUUCCCGGUGCCCUUUGGGCUGGGGGGGGACCAGAUCAUUUGUAUUUUGGGGGGCACAUCUAAAAAAUCCAACUGGAAGGGCCGCACUGAUUGCAGUUGAUUUCAGAUGCCCUGCAGCAUGUAUUUAUUAGAUGCGCCCCUGAAUCUUCAAGUGAUCUGGUCACCCUACUUUGGGCCCCCCAGGCCUUUACACUGCCCCCUGUGUAGUACAGGUUUGGGAGAUGCUAAAUCCUGCCCUCUGUAAUAUCAGCGGCUCCUUCAUCUUCAUACUUGCCCCUCUCUCUUCAGCCCUUAACCCCGUGCUUCCUGCAUAACAUGAACCAAUCUUUCCCCCAUCUUCUCAUGAUACCCCAGCCAAUGGUCUGUGGGUUGGUUGGCAAGUGGGUGGGGAAAAUGGGCAUUUGUAUAUACGGGCAGCACAAACAUCAUGUCUAAUCUGGUGGCUCGUGGAAACAUUGCAGUCUCCCAACGUGGCUUUACGUGGGCUGAUCCUGUACAGAACCGGACCGGCCAGCCCACAAGCUCAACAGGCGGCUGCUACACAAGGGUUUGUACGUGCUCUGGCCCCCUGUUCUAUUGUUACAUUCAUUGGGGCCAACAGCCUGAAACAUCAGAACAGCAGGAGCCACCGACUGCCCGGGUACAUAGACACGAGCUGGGGCCGGCCGGCCGGUCUCCGUGUACCAGAGAGAAAAUCAUACAAAGCUGCUUCUUUUAAUUUAAAGCAGAACAGAGGGCGAUCUGGUUCCAGACUGAACGUUGGUUCUGAAUCAGCUACAGUGGGUUAAGAUUAGGAAAGUGGAAGAUCCUUCUGCGAGUGGCAGCGCACUAUGGGCCUGCUGGUGUUGUGGAACCGAAUAUCUCAUUAAUCACCGCGCGCUUUCAGUUGUUGCCCUCAAAGUGUUCAACGACCCCCCCCCCCAGACUUUGGCAGUUUAAUGUUAAUCUCUUUCCACUGAAUAAGAAUCUUACAGAUAUAGUGAUGUAGGUUAAUAGGCAGCAGCUGCCACCAAAAAUAUCAGACCAGCCUCCUGAGGUGCAAAGAUAAGAGUUUGGGAUGUGAAGAUCCUAGUGAAAAGACCAGUUGGUUAGGUUGCGGAGAAUGAAGAUCCUAGUGAAUAGACCAGUUGGUUUGUGGAGAAGUGAAGAUCCUAGUGAAUAGACCAGGUGGUUGGGUUGUGGAGAAGUGAAGAUCCUUUUGAAAGACCAGUUGGUUGGGUUGUGGAGAAGUGAAGAUCCUAGUGAAAAGACCACUUGGUUGGGUUGCGGAGAAUGAAGAUCCUAGUGAAUAGACCAGUUGGUUUGUGGAGAAGUGAAGAUCCUAGUGAAUACACCACUUGGUUGGGUUGCGGAGAAUGAAGAUCCUAGUGAAUAGACCAUGUGGUUGGGUUGUGGAGAAGUGAAAAUCCUUUUGAAGGACCAGUUGGUUGGGUUGUGGAGAAGUGAAGAUCCUUUUGAAAAGACCAGUUGGUUGGGUUGUGGAGAAGUGAAGAUCCUAGUGAAUAGACCAGUUGGUUGGGUUGUGGAGAAGUGAAGAUCCUAGUGACAGACCAGUUGGUUGGGUUGUGGAGAAGUGAAGAUCCUAGUGACAGACCAGUUGGUUGGGUUGCAGAGAAUGAAGAUCCUAGUGAAUAGAGCAGUUGGUUGGGUUGCAGAGAAGUGAGGAUCCUAGUGAAUAGAGCAGUUGGUUGGGUUGCGGAGAAGUGAAGAUCCUAGUGAAUAGACCAGUCGGUUGGGUUGCAGAGAAAGAAGAUCCUAGUGAAUAGACCAGUUGGUUGGGUUGCGGAGAAGUGAAGAUCCUAGUGAAUAGACCAGUUGGUUGGGUUGCGGAGAAGUGAAGAUCCUAGUGAGUAGACCAGUUGGUUGGGUUGUGGAGAAGUGAAGAUCCUAGUGACAGACCAGUUGGUUGGGUUGUGGAGAAGUGAAGAUCCUAGUGACAGACCAGUUGGUUGGGUUGUGGAGAAGUGAAGAUCCUAGUGACAGACCAGUCGUUGGGUUGCGGAGAAGUGAGGAUCCUAGUGAAUAAACCAAUUGGUUGGGUUGCAGAGAAUGAAGAUCCUAGUGAAUAGAGCAGUUGGUUGGGUUGCAGAGAAAGAAGAUCCUAGUGAAUAGACCAGUCGGUUGGGUUGCGGAGAAGUGAAGAUCCUAGUGAAUAGACCAGUCGGUUGGGUUGUGGAGAAGUGAAGAUCCUAGUAAAAAGGCCAGUCGAUUGGGUUGCGGAGAAGUGAAGAUCCUAGUGACAGACCAGUCGGUUGGGUUGUGGAGAAGUGAAGAUCCUAGUAAAAAGACCAGUUGGUUGGUUUGUGGAGAAGUGAAGAUCCUAGCGAAUACACCAGUUGGUUGGGUUGCAGAGAAUGAAGAUCCUAGUGACAGACCAGUCGGUUGGGUUGUGGAGAAGUGAAGAUCCUAGCGAAUACACCAGUUGGUUGGGUUGCGGAGAAGUGAAGAUCCUAGUGAAUAGACCAGUCGGUUGGGUUGUGGAGAAGUGAAGAUCCUAGCGAAUACACCAGUUGGUUGGGUUGCGGAGAAGUGAAGAUCCUAGUGAAUAGACCAGGUGGGUGUCCUGUGCUGAUCCUAAUGAAUAGCUGGAGUGGGUGGGCUGUGGAGAUAUGCAGAUCCCAAGUGAGACCAUAAGUUUGGGCUGUGGAGAGGCAUUUAUCUUAAUGAAGAGACCAGUUGCGCUGUAGUGAUGUCCAGAUUUUAGGGUACAGACCAGUUGGUUGUGCUCUUUUAUAUUUUAAAAUAAAUGUCUAAACCACCAUGAUAAGAUUUUAUAAUGUUGCCAUCCAAGGAAGAAGCCCAUGUCGAUUCACUUUUAGAGUUGGCUAUGGCAGAGCGACUGUUCUGGUUCUUCUCUUGGAGAGGACAGUGGGCCAUGCCUCAGAAGUUGGAAUUUCAGCAGCUGCAGUUGGGGCUUUGUAGGGGUGGGGCGGAGUAGCAGAUAGUGCUUCUGGGUGCCAGGAUACGUGGGAGAAAAGCUGGUACUCUGGAGACCAGGGUACGUGGGAGAAGAGCUGGUACUUCUGGAGACCAGGGUACAUGGGAGAAGAGCUGGUACAUUUGAAGACCAGGGUACUUGGGAGGGAAGGCCUUGGAGACCAGGGUACUUGGGAGGGAAGGCCUUGGAGACCAGGGUACGUGGGAGAAGAGCUGGUACUUCUGGAGACCAGGAUACGUGGGAGAAGAGCUGGUACUUUUGGACACUAUGGCUGCUGGUUGGGCACAGAGAAAAGGGCAGAGCAGUGAGGAGUUGUGUAAGGGUGGCAGGGUCGGGCCGCUGUGCCCCAUUCCUGGUACAUACGGUUGUCCUGGGUGAAAGACUGGGCACAAAGCACCUUUAACUCUUUAUUGUGAGUGAGGGGUUUGUGUAGGGGUGGGGGCAGCGAGGGCAGGUCGGGCACAGGACUUGCCUCUGUAUUUACUUACUAAAUUGUUAAUACGUGUGUUUUAUUUGGGAUUUUUACAUUUUCUGUAUAUUCCUCUCUGUACAAAUAAUAUAAAGUUGUGUAUAAAG